AUGUUCGCUUACGCCUUCCCCCCGAUCUCAAUCCUUACAAAGGUCAUCGGGAAACUGGAGAGAGACAGGUGCAAGAUCCUGCUGAUCGCCCCCCUUUUGGCCGCCGCCGCUCGGUUUCCGCGACUGGUGAGGCUCCUAGUGGGCUCCCCACUAAUCCUCCCAGAUCGUCACGACCUACUUGUUCAACCUCAGUCCCGGUUCCGACACCCAUCUCCGGGAGAUCUCCACUUAGCGUGCUGGCCACUGUCAAGCGUGCCUACCGAGCAGCAGGUCUUUCUGAAGACGCUGCAGCUCUGGCUGCAAAGGGACGUCGUCUCUCAACAAGACGAAUCUAUGACAGUCGACUACGACAUUAUAUCCAGACUUCCUGUGUAUUUCUCCCACUCACCUGCUGGCACCUCAGUUCAAGACAUGAUCCAUUUCGCUCAGAUGGUGUCCUCUGGCGAAUUCCAGAUGUAUGACUAUGGUACCAAGAAGAGGAACAUGGCCAGAUACAAUCAAACCACUCCCCCGCUGUACUACCCGGAGAAGAUCUCCGUCCCCGUCUCUCUGUACUGGGGAGGUCAGGACUGGCUGGCCGAUCCCAAGGACGUUGAGCUCCUGAUCCCAAGACUGAGGAACCUGCGGGAGAGCAUCUACAUCCCGCAGUAUGACCACCUGGACUUCAUCUGGGGCACAGACGCCCCGCAGUGGGUCUACGAGCCCAUCAUCGAGACCAUUCGGGCAGAGGAGAGCCACGGACCUAUAUCAGAUGAGAAUGAGACGGUUGCUGAAGACGAGGUAGAGAAUGCCGAAGACGAAUCUCCAUCCUCAGUCAGUGAGGCGAUCAUGGAGUACUACAAGAAGAUAGAAGACAUGAAGCUCAAGAUGCAAGCUCCUGACAUCUAAUCCCUCUCCCUUGCGAGAUAUUUCUUAGCCUUCUUUGUUUUUAUUUGUAUGCCAUGUAUUAUAGAUUAGAAUAGCUAACCCUCCUAUACUUGUAACUAUCACAAACUGUCCAAAAAAACCUAACCCCUACCUCUCUCCAUAGCUUUUGUAUACAGGAUGGUCACCAACUACCAGAAACCCCUUUGGAUUACACCAUAUCGAAAGAUUUCCAUAUAAGAAGUUCACUAAUUUUCCUCUGUAUUGACUAACAAGCCCCCAGAUAGCAAUUUUAUGUCAUCAAAGUCAAU